UCUCUUGUGUGAUCUUGAACAGAAGAUCUGGAGAAGAAUAUAAAUCAGAAGGAUGGUGAGGGGCAAAACGGAGAUGAAGAGGAUAGAGAACGCAACAAGCAGGCAAGUGACGUUUUCCAAGAGAAGAAAUGGACUCCUCAAGAAAGCCUUCGAACUCUCGGUCCUUUGUGAUGCUGAAGUUGCUUUGGUCAUCUUUUCUCCAAGAUCCAAACUCUAUGAGUUCUCUAGCUCUAGUAUAACGAAAACAAUAGAGCGAUAUCAGAGACGAGUAAAAGAAAUUGGGAUUAACCAUAAGGGAGAUGCCAAUUCUCAGCAAGCGAAAGACGAAACACGCAUCUUGACAAAAAAGAUUGAACAGCUAGAGAUAUCUAAACGAAAACUGCUUGGGGAAGGCAUUGAUACAUGUUCUAUCGAGGAGCUGCAACAGUUAGAGAAUCAGCUGGAGCGAGGCUUGACCAGGAUAAGAGCCAAGAAGUACCAAUUACUCCGUCAAGAAAUUGAGAAGUUGAAGGAAGAGGAGAGGAAACUCGCUAAGGAAAAUAAAGAGCUGAAGGAGAAGUGGCUUGGAAUGGGAGCAACAGUAGCAUCAUCACAAUCAACGUUAUCAUCAUCAGAAGUGAACAUAGAUGACGAUGACAAUAUGGAAGUGGAGACUGGUUUGUUCAUUGGACCUCCUGAGACAAGACAAUCCAAGAAAGUCCCUCCUCAAAUCUAAUCUCACGACUUCACAAUGAAUGUAUCAACAACUACCAACUCUUUUUUUUUUU